AUGGAAAACCCACUGACACUUAACAAUAGUAAAAUCCUUCCAGAUGAGCCAACGCAUGGAAUCAAGACAAGUAGAGGCUUUUGCGUUGAUCCUGUAUUGUUUCCAGCACCCAAGUUGUUUUAUAUACUAAAGGCAGUAGCUCCGUCAUCCAUGAGUGCCACGGAUUCGUGUUAUCCUAAUUGUAUGGACAUUGGAGAAGAUAAAUUGCUACAAAUAGAAGAAGAGACCACGAAACAUACGAAUGUCGAUAUGGAACUGAAAAUAAACGAGGUAGAUACGAUACAGACGGUGGACUUGGAGGAAUUGGGACUUGCUACGGCUUUGGUGGUCUCGGAAGAGCAGGAGAAGAGCAUUGUAGUAGACUACGAAGACAGUGACGAAGACCAUCAUGUGGAAUUACGAGAGAAGGAGGUCACGUGUGCUCUUAGCGCAUGUGGAACACUGACAGAUUCAACAGUAGCAGAUACGGACUUAAGCAAUGGACGUCUCGCACGUCGUCGUUCUCGCUGCGGCAGCAUUGAAAGUGUCAGUUUGAGAGGGAAGAGCGUCAUGUUUCAGCAGGAGACUACUACAGAAUCAUCUCUCAGUACGUCCGUCACAGAUGGAAAAGAGAAGAUUCGGUGCUCCAAGGUGCACAAGCUAUGUAUGUGUGAGGUAAAGCAGCACCGUUCACUUGAGUCGUGCUGGCUCGUGUCGAGCGGCCAGGUGUACGAUGCGACGGGACUCGUUACAGCGCAUCCAGGAGGCAUUCGCUCGAUCCUACGCAAAGCUGGCGGUCCAGACUGUGCUCGAGAUAUGCAGUUUCAUACCAAAGCAGCUCGUAAGAUGAUGGAAAAGUGUUUUAUCGGCAAGCUUGCGCAGUGCGGCGACGAUGUGAACUGCACUGGUGACUCCAAUUGCAGCAUAAUGUAG